UUACUUAUCACCUCCAGCUUCAUCACCAAUCAUCUAAUAUGAUAUACGAAUUAUUUUCGAUACAACACAGUUCAAAGGAUCGUCGCGCUAAACAAACAGCACGCAGACAACAAAUACCGAUUUGUUAUUUGGUGAACUGACGGCAUAACUAAGUCUAUCACCUGCUAUUUGGCUGCGUUAGCGACGUUUUCGAAACAGUUCAAUGCCGACAAACCACUGAUUCGGUGUAAUGGAUAACGUGGAGACGGCCACGGCCAGCGUGCAGCAGGAAUGCCCUGUAGAAGCUCCUGACGCCCUGCAGAUUGCGACUCUAACACGCGAGAAAGAAAAUAUGCGCGUGGAGUUCGACACACAACGUGCUAAACUCAAAGAACUUUUUCUACAUAAGGAAGAGGAAUUGAAAAAUAUCAAAGCUGAGAAGGAUAAGGUUGCUUCAGAGUUGGAUGAUCUCAAGUCACAGCUUGUUGUGGCUGGGCUACAGCUUGAAACAAAUGUGGAGACUGAGAAGAGAAAGGCUGCUGAGGAAAUUGCUAGUUUACAACAAUUAAUUCAAGAAACUGUGGAGGAGUCUAGCACAUCAAGAAGUGAAGUGAGAAAACUGCAAUAUUUGAUUCAGCAACUUGAGGGACAGAUUCAUGAUUUGAAGCAGCACUCCCCACAUCACACAUCACAAGAAUCUGCACUAGCACCAGGUCUAGUUUUAAGUGCAGUAACGAAAAAGAUCGGAAAGAAACUCGGCGCGGAUUUCUUCACAUCUCAGGAUGAAGAUCACAAAGAAGAUCACGAACUUCUCAAGACACUCAUCGGUCCCCUGGAGGAAGAAAUCAAAGCCCUCAAGGAUAAACUGCGCGCAACGGAUGAGGAACUUCAACGUUCAAAGCAGGGCGAUGUUGUGGCGCCCACAGAGACACCCAACUGCGAUAUGUGCCGGAAUUACGAAGAUGAACUCGUUGGCGAACAGAAACGCGUCGCCGUUCUUGAAACGAAAGUACUCACAGCCGAGAAAUCCGCCGAGCGACACAAGGAAGACCUGUUAAAAGAGAUUGGCUUCCGUAAGGAUAUGGAAGAGAAGUGGAAUGAAAAGAAAGAAGAACACAAGAAACUCGUCGCUGAAUUAACAACGAGACUGGAAUGUGCCGAACAGGACUUGAAAGAAGCGCAGGAUACAUGCAAUCAGGCCGUGGAUGGCAUGCGUGCAUGGCUGGCACAACUCACCACUGAUCGUGAAAGUGUGCAGAAGGAGUUGGAGCGCCUACAAAAGGAAAACGAUCAUUUGGUAGGAAAAUACGCUGUGCAUUCGCAGGUGCUACAGAAUGAAUUCAUCGAUCUGCCGAAUUCCGUCGAGGAGUUACAGGAAGCCAUGCUGAAACUCCAACAGGAUUUAAUCAUUGCCAAGAUCGGCAAGGAAGCCGCCGAGGAGGAAAAGGACAAGCUACGUGGUGAGAUUAUUCUCCUACGGGAUCAGAUCGCGAGUGAUCAGCAAUCCGCCAAGGAACUGGAGACUAGUUUGGUCACAGAAAUGGAACAGAUGAAAAGCUACAAAGACCAAUUAAUAUCGGACCGAUCCAGUUACCUAGCAAAUUUAGAAAAAUACAAAGCACGCGAAAAGGACGCACUCGCUAAACUUCACGAAAAGAACGAGAUGUACAACAAUGUCUUAGAAGCGAAGGAAAUCUUCGAGUCAAAGAACCAGGAACUGCGGUCUCGUGUGGCAUCAUUGCAGCAUGAGCUGGAUACCAGCGAGACAGUCCAGAAGGACUUCGUGCGAUUGUCGCAGAACCUGCAAGUGCAAUUAGAGAAAAUCCGCGCGGCGGAUACGCAGGUACGAUGGCAACACGACGAAGACGUCGACGAAUGCCCGGCGUGUCGUGGCAUGUUCCUCGCGAAUAAACGCCGCGAGCACUGCCGCCACUGCGGUCAAAUCUUCUGCGGUGCAUGUCUCACGCAUGUUGUACGCUCCGGGCCCAAUCAGCGCCCUUCGAAAGUGUGCGACGUGUGCCACACGCUGCUAGUCAAGUCCUCAGCGCCGUAUUUCAGCACCGAAGCGCCGCACUCGCCUGGGUAAGCUUAAUAAUUCACAAAUUUCAAAUCAAAACAAAGCGAAAUGCGAUUCUUGGAGAGAUGAAUUUAUCUAUCACGCGUUGAAGUCAAUGUUUUACUAUUCCAACUACACACAAAAUGAAAAUUAAACAAUUACAAAUA